ACACGGCGUUUCGCUUCUUCUCGUAGGUCCCCGUAACCGAUCCGGUUCCACCGAUCCGACGUACGUUGGGUGGUGCCACAGAAAGGUUUGUGCGGCGAUCUGUUGAUCUUUCGGCCCAUAACGGGCCGGGCGUGUGCGUGACCACCGUGGAUUGUGGUGGACGGUGAUCCGUAAAAGGACGGUGGGUGGAAAGUGAGAUACGUGACCUCGUGCCACUUGCAGAUCCGCCGAACGGGAAAACCCAAACAAAGCGUCUCCGUUUGGUGUUGGAGAAGAUCCGGCGAUCCCGGCAGCCCAGGCAGCCCAAACUACCAAACGAUCGGCGAAGAUGGACCCCGAAACGAUGGUGCACGAGAACGGGACGAACCCGGCCACUCACCAGCCGUACAGCUGGACGUUGGGGGACAAGCUGAAAAAGACGGCCAAAUCGGAGCUCCGGGAGGACGCGUCGCUGCGCACCCAGAGCCUGGCGCAGAUGCGCGAGUGGAUCGCCAAGAGCACGCACAUCAAACGGUGCCGGACCGAUGCGUUGUUCCUGCUGCGCUUCCUGCGCACCAAGAAGUACUCGAUCCCGCAGGCGUGCGCCAUGCUGGAGAAGUAUCUGAUGAUUCGCCAGACGAACCCGGCCUGGUUCCAGCGGCUCGACAUCGAAGACCCGGAGCUGGAGGCCAUCAUCGACGGGGGCUACAUCGUGCCGCUGCCGGAACGGGACGACCAUGGGCGGCAGGUGAUCCUGUCGGUGGCCGGCAAUCUGGACCUCACGCGCGUCUCGUCGGCCCUGCUCGCCCGCGUGCACAUCCUAGUCCAAGAGGUACUGGCCGAUGACGAGCAGUCGCAGAUCUGCGGCUACACGCACUGCUUCGACGAGCGCGACCUGUCGAUGAAGCUGAUGGGCAUGUGGUCCCUGGUGGACAUCAAGAAGGCGGCCGACUGCAUACAGAACGGGGUGCCGAGCCGAAUCAACAGCUUCAACAUGAUCGGACUCCCGUCCACGGCCGCCACGCUGCUCGAGUUCUGCGUCUCGCUCCUUAGCGACAAGCUGCGCAAACGAUUCAACCUCUUCCGAACGAUCGAUGACUUCGCGACCAAGACGAAUCGGAAGAUACUGCCGAAGGAGUACGGCGGCGUGGUGCCGAUGGCGGACAUGAUCGCCCAGUUUAAGGUGCGUUGCCGGGCGAAGCGAGCCCAGCUGCUGGCGAUGGACGAGCUGUACAUCGAGCUGUCGAAGGCCCCGGGCCACUGUGCGGACUCGUGCCGCCGCGAUCUGGAAGCUGGCAUGAUCGGGAGCUUCCGCAAGCUGGAGGUGGACUAGUGUGGACGUAUGCUUCGAAACCGUCUCUUACCAGAGUACUACCGUGUUGUUACCAUCCCGCUUCACAAUGGCACGAGAAUAUUUAACGCAAACGAUGGAGAGCACCGGCAAUGGCCUAUCUAUUCACCGGUUUUGUGUUAUGCUUGCGACGCUAUGUAUUCCCAACUCAAGGCUUCAGCAGGGGCAGCGUAUGCUCGGUGCUUCGUUAUAAUCGGACACAUCCCCAAUCUGGUUGUUUUGCCUUCCACUUAAUUGAACUGUGAUGAAUCCUGAAUCCUCUGAGCGAAGGCUCAGUAACCGUUCCGCUCCGUCGCGCCGUCCACGAUCGGCUGCGCUGUGUCCGUAUCGAGAUAUCGACAAACGUCAAAAUAGGCAACAUUUCCGCAAACUUGGGGACAACCUAAUUCGGUAAUGGGAGCUAUCUACUAGAGCUACUAGGGGGUACUAUGAAGUGAUAAAAGCAUAUAUCGCGCGUGCGAGAGAGAGAGAGAGAAAAGAGGAGAGUAUUAUGACACCGGCCCGGGCUGGAACCUAGGCUGGUCGUGGUUGGUCGUUGCGCAACACGCUCCGUGCGAUCCUCGAAUUGCUAUCGAGCAAAGUGGCCACCGGAGUUGUUGGCACUGGCACUGGAAGAUGCAUGUACAUUUAAUCAUAAUUGGAAUAAGCCGCGAAUAAAACGAAGAGAAA